AGAUCCCUAGGUGGUUCGCUGUUCGGUCGUUCGGAACAGUUCGGAAGGUUCGGUCGGUUUGGUUUUGCGUCUGGUACUCAGUUGGCGUAUGCCAGAUUAAUCAUAUCAGCAGAUUUUUUUAAGGUUUUUAUUUGAAGUUAUGAAUACAUUUUUUGAUGACAUACUGAAAGAAACGGACAAAGCAGCCGAUGAGGAUUAUUAUAAGAUCCUGGGAUGCGACGAGCUCUCUACGGACGAACAACUUCAGUGCGAAUACAAGGUCAGAGCCCUGGAAUUGCACCCUGAUAAGAACCCCAAUAAUUCCGAAGCUGCAUUGCAGUUCCAAAAGCUUCAAGCGGCGAAAGAUGUGCUGUUGGACUCGGAAAAACGGAGGAAAUAUGACAAGUGGAGAAAGUCGGGUCUCAUGAUGCCGUUCCAGCAGUACCUUAAUCUCAACAUAACGUCUUUGCAUUGGGUUACAAAGAAGACGAAGGAGCCUAUGCUCACGGAGUCUGCUCACCAGUGUUCAACAACAGGUAUGAAGUCGUGCGAGCCACAGGGCUCGCUCUCAAGCUGGAGAAAAGAAGAACCAGCAAGUGAGCUCCUGAAGAAAUUCAGGAACUAUGAAAUCUAAAAAUGCCUAUUCUUGUGUAGCCUUUAGCAAUGUUUUGCGUUACCAGCUGCAGUUCCUGCAACAUGCUGCAUGAUCCUUCACAGGUCUUUCUUGGGUCUGCAAGUUUGUAAAGGGUGUGCAGUGGCGAAAAAGAUGCAACCGAGAUUUCGGUUGCACCCCAAAAGAUCUCUUCCAUCCUUUGGUGGAGCGAAUUCCUAUUGGUUUAGAACAUAAAAACCCCAAAUUUGAUCGAUUGUGAUACAGACAUAAUAUAAAUGUAGCAAAGAAAAAGCGUAAAGAAGAAAAAACGUGCAGCUUUCGCUGUUGGCAUAUCAUGCAGUUAAACGUUAUUGUAAAAGUGAAAUUAAGAAAAAAACUAGUCUCUUUCUCCGGUGAAACUCAACCGAGAGGUUUCGGGCAUAACUUACGAUUAGAUGUGCAACAUUUUCUAAUCGAUAUCAGCAGUAUGUUUACAGGCAAGCAGGUGCUCAAAUAUUUUAUGAACCUUUUGAAACCUCCUAAAAAUUACUAUGUGCCAAUUUAUGUGGUGGCUUGUUUCGGCUUACAUUUUAUAACGAUCCCUAAUACCCAACGGGUAACUGGAAAUAUAGCUGGAGCGAUUAAAACUCGUCUGGUGCUGUGACUUCAAAAAAAUUUGAUGUAGCAAUUUCCAGGGUA